UCACAGGCCUUCAAUCCGUUUGGACAGAGUUCGCUGAUAAGGAGUCUUCAUUGGAAUCUUGACUUUCAUUUUCUUUCUUUUGGUAAUUUUCAACUUCUGACUUCUAGUAGUGUUGUUAUUUAACUGGACACCUCAGGUUCUGCGUCAAAGUUUCAGCAGUAAAAGUUAUAUGUUUUAAAGGCCUCUCUCCAUUUGGCUCACGGGUGUCUGGGUUGCUGUGACAGGUUACAUCUGGCUAAGGCACACACACACUCUCUCCACUGUGAAGCUGGAAGAGUUUGUGUUGCACAUACUUGCACUGAGAAGACUGAGUGUGUGUGUGGUCUGAGGGACUCAGCUGGUCUGGGAAACUGAGUCAGAGAGGCAGUCAGUUCUUAGUGCUGUCUGCCAGCAGUAAGAGAAGACAAGUUCAUACUGCUGAGUGCUGCUCAGAGAAAGCGAGCGGAGCCAAGGGAUGAUGAUGACAAUGAAACGGACCCUGUGCAGACUCUCCUGCUUGGUGACUCUGGUGGUGGAGCUGAGCUGGAUAAACGUGGGACACAGCAUGCACAGAGAGGUAGGAAGUAGGGUAAUGAAGCAGUGGGAAAGGAAAGUGCGGUCAGCCUCCAGCCUGGAUGAGUUGCUGAGGCUCGCAGACUUUCCUGACUGGAAGUUGUGGAAGUGUCGUCUGAGACUGCAGCAGCCAGAGGCCCAGACAGAGACCCUCUCUUCUCCGCCUUCAGUAGGGUCACACCGCUCUACGCGCUACGCUGCCGAAUCUUACAGCCUGGAGAUACUUAAAGCCAUAGAUGAAGAGUGGCAGCGGACUCAGUGUAUGCCAAGGGAAACAUGUGUUGACGUGGCCAAGGAGCUAGGCACCGACCCCUCAAUGUUCUUCAAGCCACCUUGUGUGUCCAUACACAGGUGCAGUGGUUGCUGCAAUCAAGAGGGUGUCACCUGCAGAAACACAACUGCUGUAUAUGUGAAUAAAACUGUCCUUAGUGUCAUUCCGUUCAAGUUUGUACCAGAACCUGUGCUAAUAAAAGUAGUUAAUCAUACAGAGUGCAGGUGCAUGGAGCCCGCCAUAAUACGACGUAAUGCUCAACCUCACAGGAGCAGUGGGUGCUCUCCAAUGGGCCAGCUGUCAGAGACAGAGGACUCCAGGAGACUUUGUGCCAGUGGGUUGAUCUGGGAUUGUUCCACUGACAGAUGCAUAUCUUACCCUUCCAGUACACCAGAGUUUCCAUUCAGUUCAUGGAUGCCCGAUUGUGAGAUAGAUGUGGAGCACUGUGACUGUCUUCCCAAACCUGCACCAACUCUUCAACCAAGACCGAUCCAUCGCUGCCAACUCAACUCUUCAAUCUGCGCCCACAGGCGUCAGCGUUUUGAUCAAGCCUCCUGCAGAUGCAAAUGGCCCAAGUAGAAGUCCACUGGGGAAAUAAAUUACGACAACCUGCUCGCCAAGGAUGUUUGGAGGCAGAGAGAAUAG